AUGGGUGGAAUUGGCAAGACCACCCUUGCUCAGCUUGUAUAUAAAGACAAUAGGAUGAAAGAGCAUUUUGACUUUAAGGCAUGGGUAUGUGUUUCAGAUGAGUUUGAUGUGUUCAGGGUAACUAAAACAAUUCUAGAGGCAGUAACUUCAUUAACUUGUGAUAUGAAUGAUCUAAAUCUGCUUCAAGUUACACUACAAGAGAAAUUGAUGGGGAAGAAAUUCCUACUUGUUUUAGAUGAUGUAUGGAAUGAAAAUUAUGCUGAAUGGGAGGUCUUAAGUAGUCCAUUUAAAUCUGGGGCACAAGGAAGUACAAUUAUUGUAACAACACGCAAUGAAAAUGUUGCAUCAAUCAUGCGCACUGUUCCAACUCAUCAUUUAAAGAAGUUAGCGGAAGAAAAUUGUUGGUCAUUAUUUGCAAAGCAUGCAUUUCAUGAUUAUAACUCUGAUGCACAUCCAGAGCUAGAAGUAAUAGGUAGAAAAAUUGUGAAAAAUUGUGAAGGUCUACCGUUAGCAGCCAAGACAAUUGGAGGUCUCUUGCGAUCUAAACUAGAUGUCGAUGAGUGGGAAAAGAUAUUGAAGAGUGAAUUAUGGGAUUCACCAAUGGACAAGACAAACAUUCUUCCAGCUCUAAGAUUAAGUUACAAAUUUCUUCCAUCACAUUUAAAGCAAUGUUUUGCUUACUGCUCAAUAUUUCCUAAAGAUUAUGUUUUUAAAAAAGAUGAAGUAGUCUUAUUAUGGAUGGCAGAAGGUUUCUUAGAAGAAACUAGAAACAAAAGAAUUGAAGAGGUUGGUGAAGAUUACUUCCUUGCUUUGGCAUCAAGAUCAUUGUUGGAACAAUCAAGUGGCAAUAAACCAGGUUUUGUGAUGCAUGAUCUUGUCAAUGACUUGGCAAAAUUUGUAUGUGGGCAAUUUACGUUUAGAUUGGAGGUUGAUCCUUUUCCUAAAGCCAUGCACAAGACUCGCCAUUUGUCUUAUUUCAGAAGAAAACAUGAUAACUUUAAGAAGUUUGAAGCUCUUUACGAGGCUACACGAUUGCAUACAUUCCUACCAUUAAUGAUGUUUCUAAACAGGAACCACUUCUUCUUAACUAAAAGAGUACCAUUUGAUUUAUUGCCAAAGCUAAGAUGUUUGCGGGUGCUCUCUUUAUCUCACUAUGGAAAUAUUACUGAGUUGCCUGAAUCAAUAGGAAAAAUUAAGCAUUUACGUUAUUUGAACAUUUCUUCCACUCAAAUUAAAAGGUUGCCUAAUUCAAUAUGUAAGUUGUGCAAUUUGCAAACAUUGAAUUUAUCAGAUUGUAACCAUCUUGUUGAAUUACCAAAAGAUAUGUGGAAGCUCAUUAAUUUACGUCAUCUUGAUAUUCUUAGAACAGACAUAAAGGAGAUGCCAAAGCAGAUGGGUAGACUAAAAUGUCUACAAACAUUAACUAAAUUUAUCAUCAGCAAACAUAGUGGGGCUUGCAUUGAAGAGUUAGGAAAACUUACAAAUUUACGAGGAACACUUUCUAUUUUAGAGCUCCAAAAUGUUGUAUCUUGUACUGAUGCUAUGAAAGCAUGCUUGAAAGAUAGGAAGCACCUUGAUGAGUUGGUGUUGGAAUGGAAUGCAUUUGAUACUAAUAUUUCAGAAUGUCAAAAAUAUGUACUUGAAAAUCUUCGUCCCCAUAGUAACUUAAAAAGUCUCAUUAUCCACAACUAUGCCGCUGAAAGUCUUCCAGAUUGGGUUGGGCAUCAUUCGUUCUCUAAUAUAAUGUCCCUUCGCCUCAAAAACUGUAAACAUUGUUGCAAGUUGCCUCCACUUGGGCAACUACCAUCUUUACAGGACCUCUCUGUUGUUGGGUUUGAUAAAAUUGUUAAGGUGGAUUGUGAAUUUUAUGGCAGCAAUUCUUCAUCAAUUCAGUCAUUUCGAGCCUUGAAAGUUCUAAGGAGGGCUGCCCGUCCAUCUUCCUUCUUUAGCCAAACUCGAGAUUGGUAA